UGGAGGAAUCGGGAUUUAUAAGUGAAGGCAGGCAAAAAGAUGGAGCAGAGAAAAGCUGCAACAAUGGCGAGUGAAACAAUGGCAAAUGCAAGUGCACAUGUUGUAGUGUUGGCGUUUCCUCAAGCAGGCCACACAAAUCCCAUACUGCAAUUCUCUAAGGAUUUGGCCUCCCAAGGCGUGAUCAUCACUUUCGUCACCUUCAGCUUCGACCACCACAGAAUGUUAAAGGCGGACAAAAUGCUUCAACGCCUGGGUAUACGUGUUCAGUUCGAGUCCAUUCCGGACCAACUUCCGCCUGGAAUGGACAUCGUUUCAGAUGUUCUUUACAUUUUCGGGCACUUACAGCAUAUCGAGGGAUCCGAUCUGGAAGAGCUCAUUCGCCGCCUCAACGAAACGGGACCUCCUGUCACAUGUAUUGUUCACGAUGCCUUUAUGCCCUGGGUUGCCCAAGUUUCAACCAAAUUAAACAUCCCCCGAGCUGUUUUCUACACGCAGUCUGCAACUAUUGGCGCAAUCUAUCAUCAUUUCAAAUAUGUGGAGAAGUGGAAUAACUGCGCACAGGAUUCGAAAGAAGUUGUUGUCAUUCGGGCCAUCGGCGAGAUGAGAAUGCCCGAUUUACCGUCGACGCUUUUUCCUCCACUUCUCACUGCGGGUUUGUAUGACAGCAAUCUACGCUUCGUCGAAAGCUUCAAUGGUGCAUCGUGGGUGAUUUUGAACACGUUUGAUGAGCUCGAAGAAAAAGCGAUGAAUUACCUAAGGGAAGCAAAUGUUCCAGUCUGUACAGUGGGUCCACUCAUUCCCUCCGCCUUUCUGGACAGAAGAAAUAGCGACGACACACAGUUCGGCGGCAGCCCGUGGGAAGAAGAGACGGAGGCGUGUAUGGAAUGGCUGCACUCAAAGCCUCAUCACUCUGUUGUCUACGUUUCCUUUGGCAGCAUAGCCGCCAUUAGUACACAACAAAUCCAGCAAAUAGGUCGAGGCUUGCAGAGCAGUGGACAGAACUUUUUAUGGGCGAUCCGUCCUGCUGCGGGGCAGACAACGGUGUGGGAAAAUUUUAGGGAGGGUUUUGCGGAGGAGAUUGGAGAUCGGGGUUUGAUUGUGAAGUGGAGUCCUCAGCUCAAAGUGUUGAAUCACCCGUCUGUGGGGGCGUUUAUGUCUCACUGUGGAUGGAAUUCCACGUUGGAAGCGCUGAGCUGUGGCGUUCCGCUGCUCGCCUGCGACCUCUGCUUCGACCAGCCCACCAAUUGCAAAUUUAUUGUGGAGGUGUGGAAGAUGGGUGUGAAAUUGAGGCAUGGAGAUGGUGAUGUGACGUUUGAGUGGGAUGAGAUUGAGAGAUGUGUGCGAAGGGUGAUUUGCAGCGAGGAGGGAGCAGAGCUCCGAAAGAAUGCGGUCCAUUGGAAGGAGUCGGCGAGAAAGGCGAAGAUGGAAGGCGGUUCUUCUCACUCCAACGUUAACAGAUUUGUUAAAGAGGUAACCAAGUGAAGAGAAUGAGCCAGAGUGUUGGAUGGUUUGCUAUCAGAACAGAAUGGUAUUGAAGAGUUUUAAGGAUAAAGAUAGUUUACUCCAGAGCAGUAUAUCUUAUUUUAUUGGUUUUUUAAGUGUUGUUCUUAAAUAUACCUUAUUUUAUUGUUUUCUAAGUGUUGUUGUUAUGUUAUUUAACUGGAAAAAUGAAUGUUAUUUAUUUAUGUUUUUACAUAUAGAAUGAGGGUUUGGUGUCUCUAGUGGGUUGAUACCAACGAAUUUGUAAAAGAAGUUUUCUAUAUAUAAGGAAGCUAUUUUGUUGUGGAAAACUCUUGUAAGAGUUUCCACAUA